UAAUCCUUCUUCACCUUCUUCCUCAAAUCUCUCUCUCUCCCUCGGAAAUAUUUCUUUCUCCCUUUUUUUCUCCCGAUAUUAGUCAAAACAAUUCUCGAGAAAAAAAUUCUCAUCAUUUUCACCAUCAUUACUACUAUAAACUUUCACAGUUCUUGUUUUAUCUUCAAGAAAACAAAAAAUGGCGGUUGAUCUUUUAUCGGAGAAUUCUAAUAUGAGUCCAAGAAUCUCAUUCUCACGUGACUUUUGUCAAUCGGACGCAAUACCAAUAGAGAAACGUGCCUUGAGAUCACCAUCAUCAACCUCGAAACCUUCAAGCCUCAACUCAAGCAUAGAUUUCGAUUUCUGCAUUCCCGGCGGCGUUACUUCCGGCGAAAGCUUCGAUCAAGGUUCUUGGUCAGCCGACGAGCUCUUCUCCAACGGCAAAAUCUUACCAACAGAAAUCAAGAAAAAACCAGAACCGGAUCAUCAUCAUCAUCAUAAAGACUCGCGUCAACCCGAACCGAAAACGGUUAAGAGUAAACCGGAUUCAAGAAAACAGAGGAAACAGAACGAGGAGGAACAAGAAGAGGACGUGAUAAGCACGACGGAGGAGAAAACCAAUACGAAGUCGUUUUGGGGGUUUAAGAGAAGCAGUAGUUUAAACUGUGGGAGUAGCUACGGACGAAGCUUAUGUCCUUUGCCAUUGUUAAACCGGAGUAACUCAACCGGUUCAACAUCGAGUAAACCGAAACAGAGCAGCUCGAGGAAACAUAAUACGGAGCAUGUGAAGUUACAGCAAUCUUCGUCGUUGUCUUCUUCAUCUUCUGCUUCGUCUUCGUUGAGUAAUAGUGGUGGGUUUUCGAAACCGCCGUUGAAGAAAAGCUAUGGAGGUUAUAGUUAUGGUAGCCAUCAUGGAGGUGGUGGGAUUAGAGUGAGUCCGGUUAUAAACGUUGUUCCUUCUGGUAACUUGUUUGGUUUUGGUUCCAUGUUUUCUUCUGGUAAUGGAAGAGACAAGAACAAGAAGAGAUAAAGAUGUAAGAAUUAGUUAUGUUUUUUUUCUGGAUUUUACUGUUUUAUUCGGAUUUGUUCUUCUUCUUCAUCUUCUGAAGCUCUGAAGAUUUUCUGACAGUGUGUUUUGUGGGUUCCAUGACAAACCCUUUUGAGUUUUUUUUCUUUAGAUUUUUUACUUAUAUUUUGUUUAGAUUGUUGUGAUGUAAUUGUGUUUGUU